AUGUUCGCCGCUGCAACUGGGUUUCUCGCUUUUUGGGCAGUGGCAAAUGCAGCUCCGAGUGCUACAAGCGCUCCGACAGCCCAUGUUGCCAAUGGGACGUACGCAGGACUUCACAGCCCAAGUUACAAUCAGGACUUCUUCUUGGGUAUUCCAUAUGCACAGCAGCCAGUUGGAAAUCUCCGGUUCAGAGUUCCACAGUCCCUGAAUGAGACCUGGAAAGGCGCACGAGAUGCCAAAGAGUACUCAGACGCUUGUGUCGGCUAUGGAUCGGACUCGAUAUGGUACCCCAAUUCAGAGGCGUGUCUGACGCUCAACAUUGUUCGUGACUCAUCUGUGAAAGAUGGUUCGAAGCUUCCAGUAGCGGUCUGGAUUCAUGGAGGUGGCUUCUUCAUGGGAUCUGGGCGAGACGAGCGGUACAACAUGUCGACCCUCGUCCAGCGUUCCCACAAAAUAGGAAAACCUUUCAUUGCGGUGACGCUGAAUUAUCGACUUUCUACCUGGGGCUUCAUCAGCUCGAAUGAAGUCUCUGGGACUGGAAACACCAAUCUUGGUCUGCGAGAUCAGCGAUUGGCGCUGCACUGGGUGAAGGAAAAUAUCGCUGCGUUUGGCGGUGACCCGAAGAAAGUCACCAUCUGGGGUGAAUCGGCCGGUGGCAUGUCCGUAGGCUACCAGUUGACCGCAUACGGAGGUCGCGAUGACAAACUCUUCAGAGCUGGCAUCAUGGAGUCGGGUGGCUCGAUCAACCCCAACUUCGCAAACACCCUCAAUUUCACGACCUUUCAAGCUUCAUACGACAAUCUCACUGCCGCUGUGAACUGCUCCGGAGUGCCAGACACGCUCCAAUGCUUGCGAGAAGUUCCCUUUGACACCCUUAAUGCAGCUCUUAACGGAACAGAUGGCAAUCCCGCGUACUCGUUCACACCGGUUGUGGACGGAGACAUUAUGCAAAAGUUUGGUAGUGUGCAGCUCGACAACCAUGAAUUUGUCAAUGUGCCUAUCAUUUCUGGAACGAAUUCGGACGAAGGCACCGGCUUUGGACCGGUGGGAAUCAACACCACGGAGCAAUGGUAUCAGUAUUUGACAGAUGGCUCUAGGGGCCAGCAAAUUCCCCCUCCACUUGCUCAGCGAAUUCUAGAGCUCUAUCCCGACGACCCGUCACAAGGGAUUCCUGCCUUUUUGGGAGACCAGCGUGUACCGUCGAGGGGUUAUGAAUGGCGACGUACUAGUGCCUUUGCUGGUGAUGCGACAAUGCACGCCAACCGGCGGCGCCAAUGCGAGGCAUGGACCGAAGCCUCCACUCCAGCCUACUGCUACCGAUUUGAUGUUAUCCCCGUGGACAGAAAUCCAUCGGGAACCACUCAUUUCAUGGAAGUUGCUUUCGUAUUCAACAAUAUUGCGGGCCGCGGCUACCAGUAUGGCAAGCCGUUUGCCGGGGCACCGCAGUCGUGGAUUGACCUCAGCGACAUGAUGGCGACUAUGUGGAUCUCAUUCAUUCACGACCUAAACCCCAACUCCGAGGCGGUCCAUCCGAACGUGCGUUGGGAGGCGUAUGGGAAAGAUAAGCCCGUUGAUCUGGUAUUCAGCGCCAACGUGACCAGCUACAUGGAAGCGGAUACAUGGCGUAAAGAAGGGAUUGAUUUUAUCAAUUCAAUCGCUAAGGCGCUCUGGCGCUGA